AUGCCGGAAUGCGGAAAUGGUAUGUUCUUGACUACGCUUUGUGCCCUCAUCGCAGGUAAGAAUAAACUCGAAUAUAUAAUUUCCAUGUCAAAACACAUGUGGAUGGCUUUGUGUUGUAAGUAAAAAAUAAUUAUGUUAUUCCUUAUUGUGAAUACCCUAAAGUCUGCUUCUUAAGACAACGGAAGUCCAUACAUUCCUCGUUAUAAAAUGUUCUAACAUCGAGUGUAUUCCACAUGCCAGGUGUUUAGCUAUGAGGACGCCCUUACUUUUAUCAUUGAGUUCAUAAACCCUGACACAGUUACCCAGAAUAAACUGAAAUACAACGUCUACUACUUCCUGUAGGGAAGGGGAGCAGGGGUGGCCCAGUGGUGAGAGCACUCGCCUCCAACCAAUGUGGCCCGGGUUCAAUUCCCGGCAGCGUUGACGCCAUAUGAAGGUUGAGUUUUGUUGUUAGUGCUCUCCUUUGCUCCGAGAGGUUUUUCCCAGAUACUCCGGUUUUCCCCUCUCCUCACAAACCAACACUUCCAAAUUCCAAAUCGAUGUGGAGCGCACGCACGCGUUUAAUCGAGUUGUUAAGCACUCCUACGUGCUCCGUGAGCAAACAACGAAAAAAAUAACAAUUGUGUGUUAUAUCAUGACAUGUUUUAGUUGUGAACCUUGAGGAGUCUCCCUGAUGUGUGAUGUCCGUUCGAUUUUUGUUUUUAAAGUUUGUUAAUUAUGCGAACUUAUCUAUUGCUGGCUCCUGUUCGUGCGCGAAACGAUCGCAAGUGAAUAUGUUCAGUAAAUUCUAAGGGUAUAACUACAAAAAGACCCUAAUUAUAGUUCUCGUGUAGAAAAACAACAACCAAGACGACAACAUAGCAACGAUUAUGAUAAUGAUAACAAUAAUAAUGACAACGAUAACGAUAAUAAUCAAAAUCAUAAUACAGAAAACUCGUAUAAUGUAAGUCUAGUUCAGCAUGUACAAUUUGGUUUUUGAUUUUAUAGCGGUGUUGCAAAUAUUAUCUCGAGGAGGCGCUGAAGGAAAAUCAAUAUCUUUGGAUGUUUCUCAAGGUAAUUGGGUAAAAUUUUAGUGUUUGUCGACGUCUUUGGAAGUGAUUCUUUUUUUUUUUAAUGCGCAAAUGGCAAGUUUCUUUUUUCUCUUCACAGUUCGCAUUAACCCUUUGGAGUGUUAUGAUAGAAUAAAUCAAUGCAAAGAACAGGCUGAAGACGGCUAUUGUGAGACUAACUAUCACUAUAUGAUGGACAGAUGUCCUUGGAGCUGUCGAUUCUGCAGGCGAGCUGGAGGUAUAAUAAUCAAUAUUAUUUGUCUGUAGAUCAGACAUGAAAUUAUGUCACCCUUUUUGAAAAAGCUAAAAUGUGUCUUCGCGUGAAUUGUGUUCUGAAAAUAAUGGUCCAGUGUUGUUAACCACGACUACAUUUAGGCAUUGAAACUGUUUCCUUUCUCUUGUUUCUACGGAUGGUAAGGAUGGACAUGCACUUUACCCUUUUAUCACAUCUUAUCCAGCGAACUCCAGCCCCUAUAAGCCCAAAACCUUUUUUUUGGUAUUAACUCUUUUUAUCUUCUCCAUCCAACCUUAACCUUUAUGCUUCACCUAUUUUCUUUUGUACCAAAAUGAUUUUGCACGUUUCUCACAAUUCGUGGACAGGGCACCUUUUAACCUAAAAGAUCGAUUCGUGGCUCGUGGAGUUGUUGAAUUCUAAGCUCCAGUGUUGUUGUUUAACUUUCACAGGUGACACUGAAAAGUGUACGGACCUCAGUAAGCAUUGCUCCCAUUGGGUCUCGAAGAAGGAAUGCACGACCCGCCCAGAUUACAUGGCUCAAAAUUGCAAGAAGAGCUGUGAAAUGUGUGGCCCAGGUAAAUUUUUUCUUUUGCCUUGCUUAAAUACAAGGUCCCACUAACUUAUUAAAUUCACUUGUUUAUUUUUUGCCUUUUGAUAGACUGGAAAUUGCAGAGAAAUUAUAUUUUGUUUUAUUUUUAAUGUUUUGUUUGGUUUCAGUGUUGGUCGUCCGGUUUUGCAUUUGUAUUGCACCCCGUUUAGAAUAUUAUUUUGAUUACUUAGCGAGCGUUUUACUACUUGGAAGAAGAGGGUACAACUUAAGGUCGUUUUGGUAUACGUAAAGGUUAGAGAAACACAUUUGGAAAGGGUGGUAUUCUACCAUUGUACGCUCGUGGUAGUAAGAGUCUCCUUGGUUCGUGUACGCGCGUUUACUGUAAUUAAUGACCUUUUUAAUCCAUUUCACAAGUGUAACUCCUUUUCUUUUUUCCCCUUUUUCUUUUAGAAAGCCAUUAUAAUUUAACGGAUAAAGAGACCACUUGCCCUCUUUGGGCCAAAGCCGGGUGGUGCCAAUCAAACGAGGACCUGCUUCAUAAAUGCCCCCACAGUUGCCAAAAGUAUGGCGUCCAAGGUGCUAACUCCCUGGAUGAACGCUACAUUACAGUCAAUUUCCAAAAUACUUCCUCAGUAGCGAGCUCGAAAGUCGUUGAGUUCGUGGCACCGCCACCUCCUUCUGCAGCAAUAAGAUCACAUUCAGACUUGGACACGGUAAGAAGGAUCACCGCUUUGAUGAUCCUCUUUCAAAUUAGACAAAAAGUGUACUAAUAAUAACUUACAAGUUUCUUUUAAUCUUUCUAGUUUCUAUUGGAACUAUUAGGAAGCUCAAUUGAAGUCGUUUUUCAGAGACACAUGUCAGCUAGAAGUGGACCUUUUGCAUUGUUGGGCAGUAGUUUUGGCCAGAUUUUGGGGCAAAUCGUCUAUAUAAUUAUAUGUCCCCGGAUGAGUAAGGACACUUACUAAUACAAAUGUGGUAGCUCAAGAGGUAGUACCUCACUUCCGGCUGUCGUGGGUCGCUCAAAAACGUCUUUAUCAUGUUCCUAAUAGCCAUCUAUAACGUUGCAAAAAAGCGCAAAUUAUGACCACAUUGUUAUACGGCGGGCAGCUGCAGAUUGCAUUGCGCCAUAAAUUGUACUGCAACAGUAACGUUAAGUGUUUAUUAUUCAGCUGCCUCCAGACUUGAAGGAAGUCCUUGCAAAGGAAUGGUGGGACUCCAAGUUAUUAAAACUGACGCAAAAACAAAAUGGGUACGUCACGCACCCUGAGCCACGCCCGGUGAGGUUACCAAUACCACGUGAAUCAAACGAAACAGCAAGUAACCAAACACUUAAUGCGACGGCUCAGUCUGAUCAAAAGGAAAGAAACAGAAACGAGUCAGGUUCGUAAAAACUGAACAGAAGCGUCCACUUUCUGUGAUUUAUUUUUCUAAUGCGAAUUACAGCAUUCUUUGAAAUCAUUACAGCGAUAAUAUUUAGAAUCCAGUUUACGGCAAGCGAAUAAGAUCAGACUAAAUUUUACGAUUUUUCAGUUUUGGGCCGGAAUGAGAAGAAAAAUAAGAACUGUCUUAAAUAAUUCUUCUUUUUGAAAACUGAGGAUUUUUUUGUGCCGAUAUAAUUAACGCCAAGCGAAACGUUAAGGGAAAACAUUGUCGACUGGAAGAAAUUGACGUUUGUCGUUUCCGUAAAAGUGAUUCUAUAUUCUUAAAGUUUAUUUGAAAAUUGGUUCCUUUUGCUUUUGUUUUAACUUUCGGCUUUUGUCGGGAAGAGAACUGGCAGAAACUUAAGCAUGCACAAUAGAUACUACAGUCGAACCUCUCCACGAUGGCCACCUUGGGGACAGAAGAAAGUGGCCCUUUUUUGAGAGGUGGCCGUUUUGGGAAGGCAGUGGUGUAAUGUGACAAACUUUGUUCAUAGGGGUUACAUGUUUAUUGUUCCAAGUUCAUGCUUACUGUAUCCCAUAAUGGUAAUUCCAUCGUAUACUAGUAUAUAGAGAUAAAAUACACAAAACCUUAAACAAUGUUCUGAAUCAAAAUUUUAUUUGACAAAGCGAGCAAGGUCCGCAACAUUUGAUAAAAUUAUCAUAGACAGUUUAUGCUUACUGCAGCAAUAUAAAUGGAACACGAUCAAAAUACCGUCAUUAAUCAUCAAAUCUCCAUACGGAUCAAAUUUAAUGGCCAUUCUUAACUCUUUUGUCAGUCGCUGAAAAAAAUGGCCGUUGUAGAGAGGUUUAAACAAGAGUCAAUGUAUGGACUGUCAAUCAAUGUAUGGACUGUCCGCCGGGACAAAAAAGAGUGGCCGUUGUGGAGAGGCGGCCGUUAGUGGAGGUUCGACUGUACAUCAUAUAAUAUCAUGUCAUGUCAUUUCAUCUUUUAUUAAAUAUCUAUGGUAACAGACGUCCUCUUGAAAGAAUAUAUUUACGAGAACCUUGACGUAAGUACAAAGCUUGAGCUCUCAUCAGCUCAAAUUGAAACGGAUUCUGCAGUAUGAAGCACCCACUCUUUGUCGAGAACGUUGGGACGUUGGGAAGAAAGCAAAAAGCCUCUUCAUAUUUUAACCUAAAAUUAAAUACAAAAUUGAUUCAUAAUGCAUUAAGGGUAUCCAUCUUCUUUACAGGCCCGAUACAGCAACAGGAAUUGGUAACAGUUCCUGCACCCCUCCCUCCACCUAGGGCAUAUGAUUCUCUCCUACCGAAACUUUUCUUGAGUGGCGGACCUACUUGGGCCACUGGAAAUAGCAGUAAAACCACGCAUAGGAGCCCCGGUUUUAGCACACAAACCAACCAGGAGAUUUGGAAGGAGGAAAAGGAGGAAGACGAAGACUUAACUGAAAGCGGUCAACAAAAAGGAGUGGUGCCAGUCAGAGUGAAUUCAAAUGAUCAGCAAGGACUUCGAGCUGGCGUUUCCUCGUCAGGAAGUGGCUGGGAUAUUGUCAAAGAUGGCGCGAAAAAUUCCGAAGGAAAUGAAGGAGACCAUCAGCUAACUGGAGAGCAGACUACAUCCACAUCGUUUUCUUUUUCAGGAAGUGGUGACAAAAGCGAGGUCGGAAGAAAUGAGGUCAAAAUGGUCCCUGAUAAAGAAAUGCUCAAUGACGAUAACUUUGAACAAAGUUCAUCCACAGAGUAUCAUUCUUCAUCAGGAGCCGAUGCGGCACCUACAGAAGAAAAUAUUACUGGAAAUAUGGAAGGCAAACAAAAAGUACCAGAAGGUGAUAGUAUAGAGGAAUACUCUACUUCUUCUGGAAGUGGAGAAGAAGAACAGACGAGGAAACAUGUCAUUGUAGCAAAUAGACCAAAAAAUAGCCUAGUUACAGAAAAUAUCAAAAUUGUUCUCCCUGAAAAUGAUUUUUCUGGUAGCGGGAAAAUUGACGAUCAAGAAGGCUGGGCUGAUAGUGGUGUUAGUUUAUCUGGAAGUGGCCAGCAUGACAAUAGCGAGCUUUUUCGGCAUCUUCAGGGAAUUUAGACUAACUACAUUUUAUUGUCAUAAACAUAUCUAAGAACAGAAUGACCUGUUGGUCAGAAAAGUUAUUCAUUUAGUUUUGGGGGAGUUUCCCAUCUUUUAUUCUCCUCAAAAGAAGCUACACUAACAAAUCAUUGAUAACAAAAGACAGGCAGGAUUUGUGUUGCCUUAAAAUCGGUGAG